AUGGAGGUGUUCUACUACCUCGUCUUCGGCGGCCUCGCCGCCGUCGUGGCGGCGCUGGAGCUCGGCAAGUCCGGCAAGGACCGCGUCGCCACCCCGACGGCCUUCAACUCCUUCAAGAACAACUACGUCCUCGUCUACUCCCUCAUGAUGUCUGGGGACUGGCUGCAGGGGCCCUACGUGUACUACCUCUACAGCCAGUACGGGUUCGACAAGGGCGACAUCGGCCGCCUCUUCAUCGCCGGAUUCGGCUCCUCCAUGCUCUUCGGCACCAUCGUCGGGUCGCUCGCCGACAAGCAGGGAAGGAAGAGGGCGUGCAUCACCUACUGCAUCACCUACAUCCUCAGCUGCAUCACGAAGCACUCCCCGCAGUACAGGAUUCUGAUGAUUGGCCGCGUGCUUGGAGGCAUUGCAACAUCGCUGCUCUUCUCGGCGUUCGAGUCGUGGCUCGUCGCGGAGCACAACAAGAGAGGUUUUGAUCCGCAGUGGCUGUCAAUAACAUUCUCCAAGGCUAUAUUUCUUGGGAAUGGCCUAGUUGCCAUUGUCGCAGGGCUAUUUGCAAAUCUACUGGCUGAUAACUUGGGUUUUGGCCCUGUCGCUCCAUUUGAUGCUGCCGCUUGCUUCCUAGCAAUAGGCAUGGCAAUCAUCUUAUCGUCGUGGGGUGAGAACUAUGGAGAUGCAUCUGAAGGAAAGGACUUGAUGGCCCAGUUUAAGGUUGCAGCUAAAGCCAUUGCUUCUGAUGAAAAGAUUGCAUUGCUUGGAGCCAUACAGUCACUGUUUGAGGGUUCAAUGUACACUUUUGUUUUCUUGUGGACUCCUGCUUUGAGCCCAAAUGAUGAAGACAUUCCUCAUGGCUUCAUAUUUGCCACAUUCAUGCUCUCCUCGAUGUUGGGUAGCUCAAUUGCAUCUCGUCUAUUAGCUCGGAAGAUGAAGGUCGAAGGUUAUAUGCAGAUCGUGUUCUCGAUAUCAGCUUUCACUCUUUUCCUCCCUGUUGUUACCAAUUUCAUAGUACCUCCCUCAGAGAAAGGUGGAAGCAUCUCAUUUGGAGGCAGUGUACAACUUCUUGGUUUCUGCAUAUUCGAGUCAUGUGUUGGCAUAUUCUGGCCGUCAAUCAUGAAGAUGAGAUCUCAAUAUAUCCCUGAGGAGGCGAGAAGCACUAUCAUGAACUUCUUCCGCAUACCACUUAACCUGUUUGUAUGUGUGGUGCUUUACAAUGUGAAUGCCUUCCCAAUCGCUGUCAUGUUUGGUAUGUGCUCCAUUUUCCUAUUCAUCGCAGCAAUUUUGCAGAGGCGGCUGAUGUUCGUGUCCGACCUUCACAGAUCAACUAGUAUGUUACGCCGACUUAACAAAUUGCUAACCACAAGAUCAAAUUUCUGCAGAAGCCGCAGAGAUGACAGCAGAAGAUGA